AUGGUCAAAACCUGGUCGGCCAAACGGCUCUGGAGCAUUCUGUACGUGCUUCUGUGGCUGCUGGGCAUCCAGCUGACCCUCCUAUUCGCAGCAAUAGCCUACGUUGCGCUCUACCAGUUCUACAUCCCCGUCAACUCGCUCUCUCUUCCCCUGGACUUUGAUUUUUCGACCGAAGACGGCGCCUACGCGGUCGCCAAGCUUCAUGGAGACGUGGUGUCGCUCAAUUACGUCGAGCCCGCCACCCAUGCGUUGUGGAAGUACGUGCCGUUUGUGUCCACCCCUUCGCCGGCUCCCGAGGCACCUCACAACCGGGUCACCACCUUUGGCCGUCCCCGCGACCGAAUCAAAACGUUGCGGUUCAUGAACAUGCCCUAUUCGGUCUAUGUGAACCUGGAUCUGCCCGAAACAGAUCGCAAUCUCGGCACCGGCAACUUUAUGAUCCGGGUGUCGUUUGCAGACGACCUGGAGGUGUUCAGAUCGACCCACAGACUCACCAGAGACAACAGAAAACGGUGGCCUCUGACUCACAACGAAGAGUACGCCGUGAGACCGAACGUGGGGUCCAUCAACAAGAGAGAAAAGAGAGACAGAGCAGAAAAACUACACAAGGAAGACAGGAUAAUAACCGACCACCAGCCUGAACAUCACCCCCUUCCUGCUCUCUUUACAGCAACCCGCCCCGCCAUUCUGGCAUUCCAAUCCGCAACCAUGCGGGUCAUGGACACGUUGCUGUUUGCUCCUCUGUAUCUGACAGGCUGGAAAAAACAGGAACAGCGGCUGCACGUGUACAUGGCUUCCAACUGGCACGUUCCCGCCGACGUUGAGGACCACGAGUUUGCCUAUGCCAUUGUGGAGCUUGACCGAACCGUGGAUAUCUACGGAGCCCAGAUUGAGUGGCGAGUUGAGUGGACUGGACUCCGAUACUUUAUGUACCAUCAUAGGGCCCUUGCAUUCUUACUGGGAACAGCCGUGCUGUGGUACCUGGAGAUAUUCUACUUGGCAAUUGCCUACUGGAGUGGCAAGAAGAUGAUUCUGAAGCUCACUGGGGAUACCACCAGGACGAGUCAGAGACCGCAAACUCGAAUUGGUGGAGCAGGUGCCGGGGGACCUGGUGAGCAUGGAAGACCAGGAAGUCGAACUGCUCGAAUUGCAGACGACGCUGCUCUCGAUGCCGAUGAUCCCGCUGAGGAAACAGACACUCCCGACCGUUCUGAGCUCCACACCCGGUCGUCCGAAAUUCAGCAACUUCUGGAAGACAGCGAGACGACAGCAGGAGACUCUACGAUUGGAGACACGACCGACAACGCUUCUGUGGCCUCUCAGGACGAAUUUUCUGUCGAGGAAGACGAGCACGAAAGUGUUUCUCUUUCGGCUUCUGACUCCAACGUGGAAGGUUACAGCGAGCGGCAGUCGUCUCGCAUUGAAAUCUGUGCCGGUGACUCGGACGACAACUCCCAGACCAUAAGGUACCCUGUCUCUUGGCCCACUCCUCCUCCCGAGGGUCCUUUAGCUCUGUCUCGCCAGGAACUCGAAAGCUUUACACGCUACAGAUACGACCAGGAGACUCCGGAGAUUCUGUCGCGUGAAAACACAGACUCUCUGUCUGAGUCAGACGAGUUUGAUUUCGAAACGCAGCUGCAGAUUGACCUACGGUCACUGGUAGCUCAAAACCGCCAGGAGCGUCAGGAGAGACUGGAGCGACUGGAGCGAUUGGAAGAGCUCCAAGCGGGCCCUUCUGGUACCACCGGAAGACGUACACCGGACCAGCGACCGAAUUCUGCACCGCAGAGAUUCUCUCCUCGUCCUCCUCGGUCACCUGCUAUUUCUGCACACAGUUCUCGGGGUUCUCUUCGGUCGUCACGGCUGAGCACUUCGACAACCACAGGUUCGAAUCCAAGCUCCACCAUUUCGCGCCAACGACACGUGACUCCGCUCACCACUCCCCUUCCUGCGCCUCCAGACGAGUCUCAGCGAGACGACGGGGACGACGAGUCGUUUGAGUAG